GUAGAAGAGAUAACCGCCAUUUUCGUUUGCUAAUGGUAGCAACAAAACAACCUACCGAAAUUGUAGCUUCUGAUGCGAUUCUCGACCGUGGGUAUCCAGUUCGCAAAAAUUCACUCCCAUCGACAAUUUCCGAUGAAAACAGACCAAUGUGGAAGUGGUGAACGAACUUUAUGAUAAGGAGUAAAAGUGACAAUUUUCAAGGACAAAACGACAGAAGCCGCGAGACAUGAUGAAGGUUCAAACUGUCUGUCUAGGAAUUCUAUGUUGGACUUGGUGUUGGAUCCCAAUCAUCUUAGCCAAACACUGUUCCAAGACUUUCCAACCCCGCGUUAAAGAACACAUUCAAUUCUCUUUUCCCAAAGUGCACGAAGAUUUCUUCAACUUUCAGGCCAUUAAAGUGCAAUUCGCCAAGAGGGCCAAACACUUGUUUUGUCCAGAGGAAGAGCCAUUGAAACUUGUGUUAAGGUAUCGAAAAGUGGGGACGAAAAAAUGGCCAAACAGCAUCGAUAUUGAUUUGGACUCCAAGGAAGUGAUUAUUGAGGAAGGCAUUGAGUCUUGUUCCACCUAUCAAUUUCAAUUGAGAGGUAGUGCUGGCACUGCCAGCUUGAGUAACACAAGAGUGGGAAAGUUUGACACUGGUCCAAGGCAAUUGAUGCGAUCAUCCAUUGAGACAACAGUCGAUCAAAAUUGGGUUGGAUUUGAUUGGGCAAAUUACACAGACAAUUGCUCAGAGGGUAUAGUUUUGGAACACCAGAAAAAGACGGCAUUAACUCCGCAUGCGCAACACAACAUCCGCCUCGUGGAAUGCAAAAAAGACGAGAUUAUCCUAGCUCCCAAGUUCAACGAGCAAAGAGAUCUGGAUCCAGAAUGUUUAGUUGUAAAAACUAACGCUAGAGGUUCAAAAGCGUGGGACCAGGAGAACGACCAUCUCGAUUCAACGACAGACGGAUACGAUUUAGUGGAGGAGAUACUUAACCGCAAUUCUGGAUCCCCCAUACAACCUUCCACUGCUAGUACGCAAGGGGAAGUUGAAACAACUUGGCAUUCAGUGGACCACCCCAACAUUUCACAAGAUACUCCCUCCACUCCUAUUGAAGUCUUGGACGUAACAAUAACAGAGUCGAGUUCAACAGGUGGUCCCGAGGACAUCGACUUUAAUCUGGAUGAAGAAGUUGAUGUUGUUCAGGAAGAAGAGUUUCAAUAUGAUUUCACAUCACCCGACCCAAUUUCACCCACUUACAAUGGCUCAGUAGAUGAAGACAUUCAUCUCGACUUUAAUGAUGACAAUGUGACAGAUUCAAAUGGGACUGAUCAGUCAGAUGAUAAGGAAAAAGGCCAACUGUACGACUCCUAUGAUCAUUACGGACCUGCCCUACUAGAAGAAUUUGACCUGCCCGUCACAACAACUGAAAUGAGUCAAACAAACGGUUUCACUGCCAAUUUAGCCCGAACUGGGAAUAUGAACGAAUCCAUUCCCAGAGUCGUCCAUGCGUCUUCUGGUCCUUCAUGGUUAAUUCUGUUAUUGGUCUUCCCUGGCAUGAUUGCUGUUCUAGCAGCCGUUUUCUUUGGCACAGCCGCUUACAUCCGAAUUAGAAAAGAUUCGUCUGAAAUGACUCCAGAAUGGGAAUCCCCAACAGUCAAAGAACCUCUUCAGUUGAACUCUAACUCGAACCAAGAGGAUAUUACAUUUACAAAUGAAAACUACAAAACCAACCCUAAAAAUGAUGUUGAACACGAGACUAAUUUUUGAAUAAUGAAAGUUGCAAUAUAAAACAUGCUCAAUGA